CUUCUUGCCGCUCCCUGGCAGCUGCUCUGGGGGGCGGAGUAUCGGCGAAGCGCAGCGCCGACGGGGGCGCCCGCCCGGUGGAAGAGCGAUGGCGUGCUUGCUGGAGGCCCCGCUCCGCAUCAGCGUGCUGUCCGAGGUCACCGCCACCAGCCGCCACUAUGUGGACAGACUAUUUGACCCAGACCCGCAGAAAGUUCUGCAGGGAGUCAUUGACAUGAAGAACGCCGUCAUCGGGAACAACAAGCAGAAGGCCAACCUGAUUGUUCUGGGAGCGGUACCACGGUUGUUAUAUCUGCUGCAGCAGAGCUUGUCUAGCCUUCAGCUGAGGACCGAGUGUGCUGUGGUUCUGGGCAGUCUGGCCAUGGGCACGGAGAAUAACAUCAAGUCCUUGGUGGACUGCCACGUCAUCCCCACCCUACUGCAAGGCCUGCUCUGUCCAGACCUGACCUUCAUCGAAGCCUGCCUGCGCUGCCUGAGGACUGUCUUCAUCAGCCCGGUCACCCCCGUGCAGCUGCUGUACACUGAUUCCACUGUGAUCCCUCACCUCAUGUCUCUGCUGAGCAGCUCCCACAGAACGCAGGAGUACAUCACACAGAUCUUCUCCCACUGUUGUAAGACGCUGGAACAUCAGACGGUUCUCUUCAACCACGGAGCCAUCCAGAACAUCUCCCCCAUGCUGAUCUCCCCCUCCUAUAAGGUCCGGAUGCAGGCGCUCAGGUGUUUCUCCGUCUUGGCCUAUGAGAACGCUCAGGUCUCCAUGAGUUUGGUCAAUGUCGUGAUUGAUGGCGAGCAGCUCCCACAGGUUUUUGUCAGAAUGAUGCAGAGAGACCAACCUAUUGAAAUGCAGCUCACAGCAGCCAAAUGUUUGACCUACAUGUGUCGAGCAGGUGCCAUCAGGACAGACGACGGCUGCAUAGUGCUGAAGACGUUGCCGUGUCUGGUGCGGAUGUGCAGCAAGGAGCAUUUGUUGGAGGAAAGGGUGGAGGGUGCAGAGACGCUGGCAUACCUCAUGGAGCCAGACGUGGAGCUGCAGAGGAUCGCCAGCACCACAGAUCAUCUCUUGGCCAUGUUGGCCGACUACUUUAAGUACCCCAGCUCCGUGUCGGCCAUCGCUGACAUUAAGAGGCUGGACCAUGACCUGAAGCAUGCACAUGAGCUACGACAAGCUGCCUUCAAGCUCUACGCAUCGCUGGGCUCCAAUGAUGAGGACAUCCGUAAAAAGAUCACAGAGACGGAGAACAUGAUGGACAGGAUCGUCAGCGGCUUGUCAGAGUCUAGCAUUAAAGUACGACUGUCGGCGGUUAGAUGUCUUCACAGUCUUUCACGGUCUGUACAGCAGCUCAGAACUAGCUUUCAUGACCAUGCAGUCUGGAAACCCCUUAUGAAGCUGCUUCAGAAUGCUCCAGAUGAAGUUCUGGUCAUGGCUUCUUCUACACUAUGCAACCUGCUGCUAGAGUUCUCCCCCAGCAAAGAGCCCAUCCUGGAGUCCGGGGUGAUCGAGUUACUCUGCAGUCUAACGCAGAGUGACAGUCCGGCUCUGAGGGUGAAUGGGAUCUGGGCCCUGAUGAACAUGGCAUUCCAGGCUGACCAGAAGGUGAAGGUGGAGAUCAUCAGGUGUCUGGGCACGGAGCAGCUCUUCCGCCUGCUGUCUGAUCCUGACAGCAACGUGCUGAUGAAGACGCUCGGCCUGCUGCGCAAUCUGCUGUCGACCCGGCCGCACAUUGACCAGAUCAUGACCUCUCAUGGGAAGCAGAUCAUGCAGGCAGUGACCCUCAUCCUGGAAGCAGAGCACAGCAUCGAAGUCAAAGAGCAGACGCUGUGCAUCCUCGCCAACAUCGCUGAUGGAAACACAGCCAAAGACCUGAUCGUGACCAACGACGACAUGCUGCAGAAAGUCAAGUACUACAUGGGGAACUCCAGUGUGAAGCUGCAACUGGCUGCCACCUUCUGUGUGUCCAACCUGAUCUGGAAUGAGGACGAUGGUGCUCAAGAGCGUCAGGACAAGCUCCGGGAACUGGGUUUCGUGGACGUCCUGCACAAGCUGACCCAGUCCUCCGACCCCAACCUCAGCGACAGGGCGAAGACGGCGCUGCAGCAGUACCUGGCGUGACUACAGGGGGCUGCGAUCCUCUUCUGUGAGAUCCACGUUGAGUCUGAGGGCUGGCGCCCGGCCUCCGGCUCUGGAGAUCUCCCAGCCAGCUGGUUGCACUGAGACGCCUCCUUCUGGUGGUCUGGAGCUGCCCCGUUUCAGCAGCUGGCUCCCCCCUGAACCCAUCCACAUGCUCUGAGACUGCUGAAGAUGAGGCGGGGGGGUCAGGAGUUAUCCUUUGCUCUCUUCUUUUCUGAGGACUCCCCCGUCUGGGCGUGGAGUAUUGAGUGGAGCCUGGGAGGGAGACAGCAGAGCCUGAUACUGUCUCCUCCCCCAAACUAUAUAAAUAUAUAUAUAUAUAUAUAUAUAUAUAUAUAUAGAUAUGAAGCAUAAAUAUAUUUUUGAAGGUUUAUGCCCCCUCCCCCAUGAGAUCUGGCCCCUCCUGCACACACAGGAGGGAGGUGCACCUGUCACCUUAUGAUCUCAAUGGGAGAUGUAGUUUCAUAGCUGAGCGUGCAGCUCCACAGGACCCCCCCCAGACUGUCUGCUGCGUGGUUGGAAGGAGCCCCCCCACCCCAGCACCCACAGGCCCCAGCUCUUUUCCUGUCAGACUCCUCACGCUCUGAUUGGACGAAUGUUUCCUCAAAUAUAUGCAGACGUGAACAUCC